GGGGUGGGACGGGUGGGGAGAGGAGAAGGCCGCGGCUGAAGCAGGUGACAGAGGAGGAAGGAAGCGGCGGCGCGGCGAGCGCAGCAGCUCAGGCGGCGGCCCGGUUCCUGGGAGUGUCGGUGCGGCGUGGUGGUUGGGGCGGAUCCCGCGGGGCCCGGGCGGGGGAAGGAGUCACCGGCCCGGCCAUGGCGGACAACGAGAAACUGGACAACCAACGGCUCAAGAAUUUCAAGAACAAAGGCCGCGACUUGGAGACUAUGAGAAGACAACGAAAUGAAGUUGUGGUUGAAUUAAGGAAGAAUAAAAGAGAUGAACAUCUCUUAAAGAGGAGGAAUGUACCACAUGAAGAUAUCUGUGAAGACUCUGAUAUAGAUGGUGAUUAUAGAGUGCAAAAUACCUCUCUAGAAGCUAUUGUUCAAAAUGCUUCAAGUGAUAACCAAGGAAUUCAAUUAAGUGCAGUUCAAGCUGCUAGGAAGCUUUUGUCCAGUGAUCGAAAUCCACCAAUUGAUGACUUAAUAAAAUCUGGAAUAUUGCCUAUUUUAGUCCAUUGUCUUGAAAGAGAUGACAAUCCUUCUUUACAGUUUGAAGCUGCAUGGGCUUUGACAAAUAUUGCGUCUGGAACCUCUGAACAAACUCAAGCAGUAGUUCAGUCCAAUGCCGUGCCACUUUUCCUGAGGCUUCUUCAUUCACCCCAUCAAAAUGUCUGUGAGCAAGCAGUGUGGGCAUUGGGAAAUAUCAUAGGUGAUGGGCCACAGUGUAGAGAUUAUGUCAUAAAUCUUGGAGUUGUGAAACCUUUACUUUCCUUCAUAAGUCCAUCUAUUCCUAUAACAUUCUUAAGAAAUGUUACUUGGGUUAUGGUUAACUUAUGUCGGCACAAAGACCCACCACCCCCAAUGGAAACCAUUCAGGAGAUUCUUCCAGCUCUUUGUGUUUUAAUUCAUCACACAGACGUAAAUAUACUGGUAGAUACAGUCUGGGCCCUCUCUUACCUUACUGAUGCUGGCAAUGAGCAGAUACAGAUGGUAAUAGACUCUGGAAUAGUCCCUCAUUUGGUUCCUCUGCUCAGCCACCAGGAAGUGAAAGUUCAGACUGCUGCACUUCGAGCUGUGGGCAACAUUGUUACUGGAACUGAUGAGCAAACACAGGUAGUUUUGAACUGUGAUGCUCUGUCACAUUUCCCAGCACUUCUGACACAUCCCAAAGAGAAAAUUAAUAAAGAAGCAGUGUGGUUCCUCUCUAACAUCACAGCAGGAAAUCAGCAGCAGGUUCAGGCAGUAAUUGAUGCCAAUCUUGUGCCAAUGAUAAUACACCUUUUGGAUAAGGGGGAUUUUGGCACUCAGAAAGAAGCUGCUUGGGCCAUAAGUAACUUAACAAUUAGUGGAAGGAAAGAUCAGGUGGCCUGCCUAAUUCAACAAAAUGUUAUACCACCUUUUUGCAACUUGCUGACUGUAAAAGAUGCACAAGUUGUGCAAGUAGUACUCGAUGGACUAAGUAAUAUAUUAAAAAUGGCUGAAGAUGAGGCAGAAACCAUAGCCAAUCUUAUAGAAGAAUGUGGAGGACUGGAGAAAAUUGAACAACUGCAAAAUCAUGAAAAUGAAGACAUCUACAAAUUGGCCUAUGAGAUCAUUGAUCAGUUCUUCUCUACAGAUGAUAUUGAUGAAGAUGCUAGCCUUGUUCCAGAGGCAAUACAAGGUGGAACAUUUGGUUUCAAUUCAUCUGCCAAUGUACCAACAGAAGGGUUCCAGUUUUAGAAAGAUGCUGUGGAAGUUAGGUACAAUGCAGCACUGAGAUAUAUAUAUAUAUAUACAUAUAUAUAAAAAGGUUUGAUCCAUCAAGCUUGGCUCAUGGGAUCUACUGCUGCAUUAAAUCGGGAAAGAAAAUG